GUUCCACGGUUUUUUCUGGCUCGCAGGAAAGAGACUGGCGCUCGCGCGGGUGGAGACUGCUUUACAUUUAAACCCCCCCGGGUCGCUUUGUUUACUCACCAACAACUUUUGCUUUUUUAUUUUAUUCAUUCCGCUGGAUUCUCUACGUCCACUUUAAUGUCGUAAAUGACAGGUCUGUAAGGGCGUCGUUGUCGGGAAGUUUUUCGAGGGGGGGUGGGGGGGUCUGGCCAGCUAAGGGCCAUGGCAGUCGAGGCUCGGCCGGAGCUGGUCGGGAAGCGGUUCCUCUGUGUCAGCGGGGACGAGCCACCUGAAAUCGGCGACAUCGGUCGAUGGCCGUGGAGGUCCGGAGUUAUACGAGCCGUCAACAACCGCAGCGACAGCUCGGAGCUGACGGUUUAUGUGGAGUUUGAUGACCAGGAGUGGGAGAAAAGAGAGUGGGUGAAGGUCUACGAAGAUUUCCAGCUGUUUCUACUGGAGCACCAGCUGGUCUGGGCCAAAAGAAAGGAAGGAGCAGCAGCAGGGGGAGCAGGACCAGGAGGCCAGCUGCAGGGAACCAAGGCCAAGCACAUACAGUGGCCUGCACUGGCGUUUAAACCAGUGGUGGGGAAGACCUUGUUGUCAUCGGUAACAGCGGUGGAGUUUUUAUUGGACCGACAGCUGGAAUUCCUGCCUGACCACUCAGCCUGUCAACCAUACCAGGAUGAGGUGGACAGUCAGAACCCAGUGUUAAGAGACAACCCUCAGCUCCAUGAAGAAGUGAAGGCCUGGCUCAAAGACCAGAAGGUGCAGGAAAUUUUUAUGCAAGGACCGUACUCACUGAAUGGAUACAGAGUGCGAGUGUACCGACAGGACUCGGCCACCCAGUGGUUCACUGGCAUCAUUACACACCACGACCUCUUCAGCCGAAACAUGGUUGUCAUGAACGACCAGGUGCUCGAACCUCAGAACGUGGAUCCAUCGAUGGUCCAGAUGACCUUUCUUGAUGACGUGGUCCACUCUCUGCUGAAAGGAGAAAACAUCGGCAUCACCUCCAGACGAAGGUCACGGUCCAGUCAGAACAGCAACACUGCCCAUAUGGCUGGAGGGAGACCCGGCGGGACCACUGGCAACUCUCAGGGUCAUUACACUCGAGCUCAAGCCAACAGCCCUCGCCCCAUCAUGGCUUCAUCAGGACCCAACCCUAAGAGCUCCCAGGGCCCCGGGACUCCCCAGCAGCAGGCUCAGUCUCAGCAGAUCCAGCAACCAGUCAGCCAAUCACAUCACUCACCAGGUGGGAGUGGGCGGGAGCAGAGAGAGCUGCGAAACUCCCGCUCCUCCAGGAGGAAAGGAUCUGACAGCAGUGUUCCCGAGGAGGACAAGGAGCGACGUGAGGAGACGUCAGGCCGAGAGUCCAAGUCGAAGGUGAAGCAGGCGGUGAGCAAACGCAGGAAAGGAGAGGAAGACGACAGGAAGACCAGUCUGAAGAGACUGAAGCCCGACAUGACGUCCGAUAUGUCGGAGAGCAGUGACUCAGAAAACCAACACAAGAGGACCGUCCACUCCUCCUGCUCCUCUUCCUCCUCAUCAUCUUCCUCCUCCUCUUCCUCCUCCUCCUCCUCCUCCUCAGAGCCCAACUCUGAGAACGAGUUAAAGACUCGCAGCAGCGAUGUAAUACAAAGUGCCAUUUCCAAAAUGGAGGAGGACGAGAAGACCACCAUGAAGGGGCCCAAAAUGAACGAUUCAUCACCCCUCAUUGGUCGUAUAUCUCCGUGGAAGGAGCUUCAGGCAGCAGAAGAGGAGAAGAAGAAGAGUGUGGUGAGGGAGUCGGGUAAGAUGAUAACAAAGGAGGAAGAGGAGUUGGUGGCGGUGACUCAGAUCAGCCAGUCUCCGGCCCAGCGAGGAGUUCUGGACGGCAUGAAGACCAGUGUGAAAGCAUCAUCUCGAUCCCAGACGCCGUCGCUGUCACACCUGCAGGGCGGCGGCGUCAUCGACAUCACCGACGACGCCCAGGCCACCGUCCACCAGGAGAGUUCGGAGGCCGUGUCGGCGCUGCUGGCCUCCCAGAAGGCCGAGUCCACAGCCCUCUCACCUUACCUCCCCCUCAAUCCUUCACCCGUCUCCUCGCCUCCCGUCCCUCCCUCACCCUCUCCAUCAGAGGGAGGCCGAAGGACGGAGGCGGAGCCUCACAGCAAGCAGCAAGGCGUCACAGGAGGGGGGGCUACAUCUGCCAAGAGUGUAGGCGGGAAGAUGGAGUACACGCCCGCCGAGCUCAUCAGGUCUUUCCCGUCAGCUGCUGAAAACCUUCCCCAGGUGGAGAAGGAGAAAGAUGUCCUUCCUCUUCAUCAUCUUCAUCAGCAGCAGUACAUCCCAGUCCACCUCAGCAUCCCCACGUCUUUACCUGAAGAGACAAGAAAACCCCCCCACCACAAGAUGAACACUUCCACCCCCCCUGACCCGCCCAAACACAUCCCCAGCCCAAACUCUGCUCAGCUCGACCCCCCCAAACAGAAAACCCAGCAGCACCCCAACAGCUUUCAGAGCGCCCCCUACCCCAACACCAACCCAGCGGACCUUAAAGCUAAUGCCCACCCGGGCCUGCUGGACAUCUCUAAACCUAAAGCAAACACCUCCCCGGAGGUCUCCAAACAUAAACUCCUGAGGUACUCGGACCCCUCCCCACCCCCAGCUGGCCGUCUAACCAAAGCAGAGCCAGCAGAGCCUCUGCGCUCUGGCUUCAAGCCGGUCCCGCUGCGGUCAGAAGUGGGCGGGGUCAGGUCGGAGGUGGGUGGGGGCAGCAGCACCAAGAGCCCGCUGAUCAUCGAUAAGAAUGAGACCUUUACUGUUUACAGAGACCCGGCUCUGGUCCGGUCCGACGGCGACAGUUCUGCCCCCCCAGCUAACUCCAACCACGUGGCAGCCUAUCUCCACCCCCACCUCCACACCCUGCACCCACCCUCUCCACACUCUCCGUGCCUCACCCCUGCAUCACACCCCCACGCUGCCUCACACCUCCUGGCCCCCCCUCACUCCUCUGCCCUACCUCACCCCCACCUUUUAUCAGCUGGAAUGCUCCCGGCCAUGCCCCCCUCUGCAGCAUCUCUCCUUGGGGGGCACCCUCGGCUGGACUCCCCAGGAAGUUUGGGUCACCUUGGCCUUCACCACCCGGCAGCCACUCACCAGCAGCAGUUCCUGCAGGGUCACAGUGGAGCAGCAGGCCUCGGGCUGUACCCCAUCCUCUGGCAGUACCCCAAUGGAACACCAGCAUCCUACCCCCCAGGACUAAACCUGCCCCCCACGGCGAAGUGGGUCCACCCUGAAAGUCCUGUCACUGUGAACUCUGAGGCCUCUCUCAGGAGGAACACACCCAGUCCAUGGCUGCACCAGACUGCUGGAAGUGCCGGUGACAGUCUGGGUUUGCUGAACCACAUUCCAGUCCGGCCGGCCAGCGCUGAUGCCCACCGCCCCCCUGUCAAGCUCAGCACACACUCCAGUCCUUCCAUGCAUAAGGCCAGCAUGGACCUCCAUAAAGAAGAUGUGGAGAAGAAGAACUUUGUGGAUCCCAUCCGGACGUUGACGCUGGCUCAGCUGAAACAUGAGCAGACGGAGAGAAGUCGCACCCCGACAGGAAAAGAGCUUCACCUUCAUCGCCUUUACCUCGACCCCCACAGCAAAGCCCGUCUGACCAGCACACAGGAUGCUGUUCAAGUAGCAGACCGAAGCAUUAAAUACAAGGAGGAGAACCGUCAGAUCCUGAAGGAGAGCAUCGAGGUCGCCCCCUUCACUGCUAAGAUCCAGCGCUCGGUGGACCACGGCCUGGACAGAGACCGGAGCAGAGACCCCGUCUUUCCUGUCCGGGUACCAGCUCUGGCCUCUCCCAUUUCAAAGGCCAGCCACGCUCACCCCCACGUCAUCCAGUCAGAAAAGAGCACCUACUUCACCACGCUGUCCAACAGCGUGGUGAACGAGCCCCCGAGACUCUACCCCUCCAAGGAGCUUAGCUCUUACUAUGAGAAGGUGUCGGCUGGAGCCCCGGGGAUGGUGGCCAGUGUUGGUGCUGCUGUUCAGACUCAGUCCUUGAGCAGCUACAGCUCCAAACCAUCCCUUUCCAAGCCCCCUCCUCUCAUAAAGCACCAGCCUGAGGGAGGAGAGGGGUUAGCUGGGAAAAUCACCGAGCAGCUCAGCCAGCAGGUCACACUUGUGCAGCCACAUCACAUGAAUGUCGACAAGAUAGAGCGUCGCAGCCCCAUCGUUCCUCCUUCCUCAGCCCCCAGCCACCACCACCACCACCACCAUCAUCAUCAUCAUCACCACCAGCAGCAGCAGCUCAGAGCCAUGCCGUCUCUCCACCGAGCUCCUGUCUUCCACCCCCCCACCCAGCAUGCACUGGAACGCAAGGAGGCUGCAGAGCGAGAGAAAGAGAGGGCUGCCUACGGUGGACGUCUGUCCCCUCCAACCCUGACCCCCAUCCAGCCGGUCAGUUUAGCAGCAGCUGGGACCAAAGCAUCAUCGGAGCAGCAGAAGCCCCCCACGCUGGUGCCGGAACUCAGGGACGUCAAAGGUCGUGGAAACGCCUCUGCUGUCACUUCUGUGGCCUCCAGCAUUGGUGGGGAGAUGAUGGCAGACGGGUGGAGAGGCAGAGAGGUGAUUCAGGAAAAAGGAAGAGAGAAAGGAAAGCCCCAGGUAGCAAUGGCAUCGGUCAUCGUGCGUCCAACAAUGUUGGUAAAACCGGACAGUUCUGUGGGUGCUAACAGGUCUUCUCCAGUUAUCCAUAAGGAGCUUCCCAUGGGGAGGCUGAACCCAUCCAGGCUCGACGGGGAGAGUAUGAGAGAAGCUGGAGUGGGCAGGGUUAUCCAACUCAAUUCAAACCUGGAUGACAUGUGUGUAAAGUACACGUCCAUGCAUGGCAUGCAGGCAGGAGGCUGCAGUGCGAACUCAGUGUGCAGGUCUGCAGUUUUAGUGUCCUCAGCUGGUGACAUGCAGAAGUCCGGAUACUCAGCUCAAUAUGAGACAGCAGCCAUGAAAACUGCAGACUGUGUGCUCACUCAGUCCAGACCAGAGAGAGAAACAUCUCCAGCAAUCUCAGGAGGAGCUCCUCUCCCCGGUCAGAGCCUCAGUCCAGCCCUUAGCUCCAUUUCUGGCUCUGCUCAGCCUUACUCCCCCUCUUUCAUCCACCUUAAAAAGCAAAUAGCUGCGUUAGCUGCAGCUCAGUCCAGAAGCAGCCUCCCUGCUGCCCCCAUGUCCAUCACAGCUGGAAGCUCCUCCCUUAGCUUGGACUCAGCAGACAAACCUCCCAAUCCCAACUCAACCCCUCCACCCUCCUCUAUCCAGGCCUCCUCAUCCUCGUCUUCAGCUGACAGCAGCAGCUGUGCGAGUGGAAACACAACACCAGGGAAGUCCAGCCCCCUUCCCAAUGGCCAGUCCACGGGAUCGGCCUCCGGUAGUCACAGCCAACCUAGUAACUACCACAAGCUGAAGAAGGCCUGGUUAACUCGGCAUUCAGAGGAGGACAGGAACACCACCACCACCACCACCACCACCAGCACCAGCAGCACCAAAACAGAAAAACUCACCACCACCACCUGCAGCACCACAGCCAUGUCAGACAUGAUCAAACCCUGCACCGUCAACCUCAGUGCCUCCACCUCCAACGAGGUGGAGCUGAACAAAGACAGUGGAAGCAGAGCUGAGAAAGAGAGGCAGGUGGAGGAGAAGACUGCCGGAGGAGGUGGAGAGGAGAGGAAGGCAGCUCCGUUAUCGAGGCGGGGAAACAAACGCUCCUAUGACUCUGGUUCAGACAGCGGAGGAGACGACUCAGACGCCAGCGAGAGUAAGAUGGAGGGCCGAGCCAAGCGGCAACCCAAACCAACCUACAAGAAGAAGCAGAACGACAUGGCCAGGAGGAGAGGAGACGCUGAGAAGGAGGAGGAGGAUGUGAAGCCCAACGGGAUCUUCAAAUCAGCCCGGGAGAAGACUAAACUCAAACUUGCCAGCAGUAACGGGAUUCCUCGCUCUGUGCUGAAGGACUGGAGGAAGGUGAAGAAGCUGAAGCAGACCGGAGAGUCUUUCCUGCAGGACGACUCCUGUUCAGAAAUCGGACCCAACCUGCAGAAGUGUCGGGAGUGUCGGGUGGUCCGCAGUAAAAAGGGCGAGGAGCCAGCUCAUUCCCCCGUCUUCUGUCGUUUCUACUAUUUCAGACGGCUGUCCUACAGUAAAAAUGGAGCCAUCCGGAUGGACGGCUUCUCCACCCCAGACCAGUUUGAUGAUGAAGCCUUGUCUCUGUGGGUUCCUGGGGCCAUAGAGGAGAGCCAUCUGGACCAGACCACAGCCAAGUACAUUCUGAGUUUCAUCGGGGACAAGUUCUGUCAGAUGGUGAUGACUGAAAACUCUGCAGCCAGCUGGAUCAAGAAGGAUGCCAAGCUGGCGUGGAAGCGAGCGGUGAGGGGGGUGCGGGAGAUGUGUGAUGCAUGUGAAGCAACGCUCUUCAACAUCCACUGGGUCUGUCAGAAAUGUGGCUUCGUCGUCUGCCUGGACUGCUACAAGGCCAAGGAGAGGAGGAGCUCCAAAGAUAAAGAACAGUACGGAUGGCUGAAGUGUGUUAAAGGCCAGCCUCAUGACCACAAGCACCUCAUGCCAACACAGAUCAUACCUGGCACAGUGCUGACAGAGUUGGUGACUUCCAUGCACUCCCUGAGGAACAAACACAGCAUCAGUUCUCAUUGUCCCUGCAGCAACAAACACAACGUCCUCAAACUGCCGGCUGCUAACGGAGUAUCACAGGUUCUGCAGAACGUUCUGAACCACAGCAACAAGCUGUCUCUGGUGAAGGCUGAGCCGGGCUCCCAGCAGAACUCGGACCACAGAGGGACCAAGGCAGAAACUAAUGGAGGCGGUGGAGGAAGUAGUCCAGGCAGCGAUGCAGGAAGUGCUCCUGUCACCCCACCAGAGUCCCAGUCUCCGCUCCACUUCCUGGCCGACCUGGCCGAGCAGAAGUCCAGGGAGGAGAAGAAAGAAAACAAGGAAUCUGUUCUGCUGGGGAAAUCUGUGAAGGAGGACAAGGAUGGGGACAGUCUGGAGGUGCUGCAGCAGUGUAAGACCACCUCCCUGGUGGCUAACAGCACCGAGCAGGGCUCCACUCUCAGAGAUCUGCUCACCACCACGGCUGGGAAGCUAAAGCUGGGAUCUACUGAUGCGGGCAUCGCCUUCGCACCCGUCUACUCCGCUGCUUCACAGACUGGAAAAGGUGGACAGAACAUACUGGAUGACAUCAUCGCUUCAGUGGUGGAGAAUAAAAUUCCCCCCAGCCGCCAGAGCAUCACCUCAAAGCUCUCAGUGAAACAGGAGCAUGUUGCCCCGGGCAACAACACCAGCGUUACUGAGGAUACCAAAGCAGAGAGGAAGAAGUCAGAAGCUGUGGCCGCAGCAGAGGACUCCACCAAUCAGCAUCCUGACAUCCCUCACUGCUGGCUGAACAACAGGCGGUUACUGUGGCUCAAAGACCACCGCAACCAGAACAACUGGAAGCUGUUCAGAGACUGCUGGAAACAAGGACAGCCUGUUCUGGUGUCAGGGAUCCACAAGCGACUGAAUGCCAGUCUGUGGAAGGCUGAUUCCUUCAACCAGGAGUUUGCAGACCAUCAGGGAGACCUCCUCAACUGUAAAGACCAGGUGUUGUCUAAUUCUGGGAUUAAGGAGUUCUGGGAUGGAUUUGAGGACAUAACCAAGCGGCCGAAGUCCAAAGAUGGAGAACCGAUGGUCUACAGACUGAAGGACUGGCCGUCUGGAGAGGAGUUCAUGGCCCUCAUGCCCUCCAGGUAUGAUGACUUGAUGAAGAACCUUCCCCUGCCAGAAUAUUCUGAUCCAGAGGGGAACCUCAACCUGGCCUCACACCUGCCUUCGUUUUUCGUCAGACCGGAUCUGGGCCCAAGACUCUGUUGUGCAUAUGGUGUUGCUGCAUCUCAGGACCAGGACUUUGGGACUGCCAACCUCCACGUGGAAGUCUCAGAUGUGGUCUCGGUUCUGGUCUACGUCGGAGUAGCUAAAGGCAACGGAGUCCUGUCCAAAACCGGAGUGUUGAAGCGUCUGGAGGAGGAGGAUCUGGAUGAAGGUGUCCGACGGAGGCUGAAAGACUCCAGCGAAACGCCGGGAGCGCUGUGGCACAUCUACCUCAACAAGGACAUGGACAAAGUCAGAGAAUUCCUGCACAAGCUCUGCAAGGAGCAAGGGCUGGAUGUCCACACAGACCAGGAUCCAAUCAGAGAGCAGGGCUUGUACCUGAGCAGGAAGCAGCGCCAGCAGCUGCUGGAUGAGCAGGGAGUUCUGGGAUGGACCGUUGUCCAGUUCCUGGGAGGACUCUGUCCUCAUCCCUGCGGGGCCAUGCACCAGGUCCAGAACCUUCACAGCUGUGUUCAGGUCAUCAAUGUUGUGUCUCCAGAACAUGUGGCCCGGUCCUUCCACCUGACCCAGGAGCUGCGGCCCAAUGAAGAUAACUAUGAAGAUAAGCUACAGGUGAAGAACAUCCUGUACCACUGUGUGAAGGAGGCGGUGAGCUCCCUGAAGAGGAGCAGCUCCAGCAAAGACAUAGAGGAGGACAACUCAUGACACAUCCUGGCCUUGGCCACGCCUCUACAGAGAGGGCUUACAACUCUCAGUGCUCCAUCAGCACCACGUCACCUGCAACAGGUGGUCUGGUCAGAGCAGGUCAUGUGACCCCGGGGUCAACCCCUCCACCAUCAGCCCAACAUUCAGUGCCAAGAGGAGCCUGAACCGGGGGCAGAGGUCUGCUGGACCGGCAGGGAUUGAAGCAGCUUCCUGCUGGGAUGAAGCUUCUGUGGAGUCCUGGAAGCAGCAGUGACGGUGGGGCCUUCGUCGGACCCCCUCCCCCCCCACGCUGCUGGAUUAGGAAAGCCGGGCACUUUAAUCUCUGCCUGUGGCAGCAGCAGCAUCACCAGCAGCAGCAUCAGGAUCAAACUGACGUCUCUGAUGUUUUAAAAUCACACGAGAGGGAAAAUAAAAGUUUCAUGCAGCCGUCUGCUGCCCCCUCCCUCUGUAAAAUGUCCUUGUCCUCUUUUUCUAAUCGUAUCUGUUGUGGUUUUCUUCUCUGUUUCUUUCUUACGUUAUUGUUUCUCUUCUGUGGAGAUGUAUUUAUUUCCUAACUCUGAUGAGGAAAAAAGCAUUAAUGUGAGCUGUAUAGUUUUUUCUUUUUUAAUGUGUAUUUCAGUCCUGAAACGUUUGUAUUGUGAUGGAGGACACCCCCAGACACCAGCAAAUGCCUGUAACUCUGGGACGUGUUGAUACUCUACAGUCUUCAUGCCAUAAAAACAUUUUCUGAAGCGAACUGCCAAACUGUUGUUACCUGUAAAGCUGUAUGAUGAGCAGAAACAGGCUUCUACACAGCAUCGCUGUGACAUUUACUAAAAAAGAUGUAAUUUAUUUAAGUACAGAUUUGUCUUGCUUUUGUUAAGAUUUACUAUUGUGAACUUUUGGAGUUAAAGGUUAAAAUAAUUACAGUGAACUAUAAAAUGUAAAUAUAUACAUAUAUACAUUAACUGAAAUAUUUUUUUAUAAAAUGGCUUGCUUCAAUUUCAAAUUUUAAAGUGUUACAUGCUUUGUACAUUGAAGUUCAAAAGGGUUUUACAUUUUCCAUUAAAAUGGAUUUAUCAA